AUGAGUAUUCUACAGGACAGUGAAUUAGAUGAGUACGUCAUACAAGAAGAGAACAGGCAAAGAACCUCCAUCACACUAAUUGCAAGUGAGAAUUACGUAUUCCCAGGAGUAUACAAGUACUCAGGAUCACUCCUAACCAAUAAAUACUCAGAGGGUAAAGUAGGUGCAAGAUACUACGGUGGUACUAAAUAUAUAGACAUAAUAGAAAGCCAGUGUAAGGACCGUAUACUGGCCCUAUUUGAAUUAGACCCAUCCGUAUGGGGAGUGUGCGUACAGUCCUACUCAGGAAGUAUCGCUAAUUUAUCAGCAUACUCAGCCAUGGUCACACCAGGCGGUAAGAUCAUGGGAAUGAACCUGCCAGCAGGUGGCCAUUUAACACACGGAUUCCAAACUAAAACAAGAAAAGUGUCCGGUACAAGCGUAUACUUCUCAUCCCACCCGUAUGAAGUGGAUGCUAAUGGAUAUUUAGACUAUAAUCAUAUACGUACACGGUUUAAUGAAGUAUCCCCAGAAGUACUUAUAUGCGGGUACAGUGCACACUCACAAGAUAUAAAUUAUGCACUGCUCAGAGGGAUAGUCACAGACAAGGCAUUCUUAUACGCAGACAUCUCUCAUAUAUCAGCACUAAUUGCAUCUAAGCUAAUGAAUAACCCAUUUAUACACUGUGAUGUAGUUAUGACUACUACGCAUAAGGGGUUAAGGGGACCACGUGGUGCCAUUAUUAUGUACAGGAAGUGUGUUACAGUUAAUGGGACCACUCAUGAUUUAGAUAAUAAAAUGAACCUGGCCGUAUUUCCGUUAAUACAGGGUGGUCCGCAUAACCAUACGAUUGCAGGCAUAUCCCACAGUAUGUAUAUGGCUAAACAGCCUGAAUUUAUAACGUACUGUAAGCAGGUGGUGAGUAAUGCCCGUAUAAUGUGUGACUACUUUAAGCAGCGUAAUUACAGCGUAGUGACUGAUUCUACUGUUAACCAUAUGGUAAUAAUAGACUUACACAGUAAGGGCGUGAGUGGCCAGGAGGUUGAGUCAUUCUGUGACUAUUUAGGCAUAAAUAUAAACAAGAACAGUGUACCCCGUGAUAAAUCGUGUUUAUUUAAGCCGUCUGGUAUACGGCUGGGUGUGUACGCGAUUACCACACGGGGGUUUAAAGAGGGUGAUACGUAUUUAGUGUGUGAUAUGGUGCACACUGCAAUUAUGCUGUUACAGGACACGGUCAGUGCACGGAGUAAGCAUAAGUCAGUUAAGGACUGGAUUAUAUCCGAGGAUAUUUUAAAUCAGGAGGGCAUAAAAAAUAUUAUACAAAAUAUUUUCAAUUUAACGAAGAAGUAUCCGGUACCUGAAUAAAAUUUUAUUAAUAAAAAUAAACACAACU